CCCCCCUUAUUUUCCUUCUCCCUCUCCCUCUAGGCGGCGUCCCCAUUUGAUCGCGCCCGGGCACCAGACGGACGUGGCGGCAGCUGAGCACCGCGAGAUACAAGGCGGUCGAAGGACGAGACCAUGAGCGAAUCCUCGACGAGAGAGAAGAACCGGGGGACGAAGGACCACGCCGAAAGCGAGCGUUCGGGGCGGAAGAGCGUCGACUCGGCGGCGUCGGACGCGGGGACGGUGGACCAGCGGCUGGAGGGGCUGCCGCACAUCGAGGCGUUCGGGCACCGGUACCACGCGUCGGGGAAGAUCUUCUUCCCGUCGGACCGGGCGGAGCGGGAGCGCAACGAGAUCCAGCACCGGCUGUUCCGGCUGUGCCUGGACGGGGAGCUGACCGCGACGCGGCUGCCGCGGGACGUGGGCCGGAUCGCGGACCUGGGCACGGGCACGGGCGUGUGGGCGGUCGAGAUGGCGGCGCGGUACCCGCAGGCGCGCAUCGUCGGCGUCGACGUGUACCCGAUGCAGCGGCGCAAGGGCGUGCCGCCCAACGUGCGCUUCGCCGUCGCCGACGUCGAGGACGCCUGGGACGGCUUCGCGGCCGCCGACGCGUCGCUCGACUUCGUCCACGCGCGCGGCCUCGCCGGCGGCGUCCGCGACUGGCCCGCCCUCCUGCGCCGCGCCCGCGCCAAGCUGCGCCCCGGCGGCCUCUUCGAGAUGACCGAGAUCCACAUGCAGGUCUUCGACUUCGACGGCAAGUUCGCCGAGACCGAGGCCUUCCCCGGCUUCCUCCAGCUCUUCCGCGACCUCGGCGCCCGCGUCGGCAUGGAGUUCAACCCCAGCCCCCUCGCCCUCGACUGGCUCAUCGACGCCGACUUCGAGAAGAUCGUCCAGCGCAGCGAGAUCCUCCCCCUCGGCACCUGGGCCGGCGACGAGAAGCUCCAGGCCCGCCAGGCGCUGAUGAACAAGAUAAUAGCGGAUCACCUCGAUAACCACUGCGGUUUACUAUUCACAAAGUGCGGAUUGGACAAGGCGGAUUUCGAGAAGAAGAUACCCCCGCUCUGGGAGGAGCUUAGAAGACUAGACAAGCGACCGUAUAUAACAGCCAUCUUUACGACUGCGAGAAAACCUCGCGAAUAGGAAUAAGCAUGACGCCGGGUAGAGAGAGCGAAAGAGGGGAGGGGGGGCGUCCGGCGCGUCGGGUCUUGAAAACAGGUCGUUUAUUACUUUACUAUCAGGCUCAUACUCCUGGCAACAGAGGAGAGCCGUGGCCUCUGAUCGAGCAGGAUAUACGCACGGCCUUUGGCCGG